ACCCGCGGGACGCGCUCCCGGCUGGCUCCUACGCCUUCCCGGCUCAGGCCUUGCGAUCUAACACCGCCCGCGGUACCCAGGCUGCGGCAUGGGGAAUCUACCAUCUGCUGCCAAGCACUGCCUCAGCUACCAGCAGCUUCUCCGCGAGCAUCUGUGGAGCGGAGAGUCAGUGGCAGGGGCCCUGGACCCGGCGCAGGAGGUCUCCCAGUUAUCUGGACUCCCAGAAUAUGUGAAGAUAGUAGAAGUUGGACCUAGAGAUGGACUGCAGAAUGAAAAGGUUAUAGUUCCUACAGAUAUAAAAAUUGAAUUCAUCAAUCAACUUUCCCAAACUGGCUUGUCUGUAAUAGAAGUAACCAGUUUUGUGUCCUCCAGAUGGGUACCACAGAUGGCUGAUCACACUGAAGUGAUGAGAGGCUUUCAUCAGUAUCCAGGAGUUCGCUAUCCUGUCCUGAUACCUAAUCUUCAGGGUUUUCACCAUGCUGUUGCCGCUGGAGCCACUGAGAUAGCAGUUUUUGGUGCUGCUUCUGAAUCUUUCAGCAAGAAGAAUAUUAACUGCUCUAUUGAAGAAAGUAUGGGAAGGUUUGAGGAGGUUAUCAGCUCCGCCAGGCACAUGGACAUCCCAGUACGAGGGUAUGUGUCCUGUGCUCUGGGCUGUCCAUAUGAAGGAAGCAUCACCCCACAGAAAGUCACAGAAGUCUCAAAGAGAUUGUAUGGAAUGGGCUGCUAUGAGAUCUCCUUGGGAGACACAACGGGAGUGGGCACUCCGGGCAGCAUGAGGAUGAUGUUGGAAAGUGUCAUGAAAGAAAUCCCUCCAGGGGCUCUUGCUGUUCAUUGCCAUGACACGUACGGACAAGCCCUUGCAAAUAUCCUAACAGCUCUUCAGAUGGGAGUUAAUGUGGUGGACUCUGCUGUAUCCGGAUUAGGUGGCUGUCCUUAUGCAAAAGGUGCUUCUGGGAAUGUAGCCACCGAGGAUUUGAUAUAUAUGCUUAAUGGCAUGGGGCUCAAUACAGGUGUGAAUCUCUACAAAGUGAUGGAAGCUGGUGACUUUAUUUGCAAGGCAGUGAAUAAAACCACAAACUCUAAAGUUGCACAAGCCACCUUCAAAGCUCAACUUGAAUGAACUUAUGGUUUAAGAGUUAAAAGAUCCAUUUCUGUUCCAAUUCGUUGCAGAAUCAUUAAUGCCAACUCAUUCUGAAGUGGAAGUUAAUUUAAAAAAAAGGGAACUGGGAAAGAAGAGAUGCUAUGAAAGAUUAUCACUGGGUAGACCAUGAAGUAGAUGGAAGGCAAUACCAGCCUUCGGUUGAAUUGCAAGCUGGGAAUUAACACUGGCGGAUGUCCUUCUGGAUGUGGACAGAGCCUGUUCAUUUGCUCUUACAGAAAGCAUUUAGUUUUUACCUUAGUAGAUGUGAAAAUUGACUUCAGAUUUCUCUAAGUAUCCAGUACUGUGUUAAUACUUCAUCAAGCCUCCUUACCACAGGGUACAUAUUGUUAGUAGUUUACGAGCUUUGACACAAUGCAGAGUGUGUGGCCCUGAUGUUGUGUUUUCUGCCUCUGGAUCCCGACUUUCCAUUUGCCAAGUUUGUUAAGUUAUGGACCAAGAGCCAAAUUUUCGCCUGACCCUACAUAAUGUUUAGCAAUAGAACUUUUAUAUUUCAAGUACGGCUCACAUCUGUUAACUAUUUCAAUGACUUUACUGUGCUCCAAGAUGCUGUGGUCAAUGGCCAGAUGCCAUAUCCU